AUGCUUGGCCUUGCCAUAGGGGAUGCUGUUGGAGCUUGUGUCGAGUCCGUUCCACAUGAAAGACUCGUUGAGGAUCCCGUUCGAGAUAUUAUAGUGGACCGCCCUUGCCGUCAGCCUCCAGGAUAUUGGACAGAUGACACAUCAAUGGCAUUGUGUCUUGCUUCGUCUCUCAUUAGCAAACAAGAAUUCGAUCCGUAUAAUCAAAUGGUUCGUUACAAAUGGUGGUACAAAUAUGGUUAUCUUUCAUCUACAGGAGUAUCUUUUGGUAGCGGUCGCGCUACUCGUCAAUCUCUUCGUGAAUUUUCUAAGCGCCAGUAUAUUUUAAUACGAGCAUUCAAUCUGAAGACUGAAAAUGAGGUUGAUCAUUUGUCAUUUCGGACAGUGAAGCGGGUAGCCGAAUUUGACGUCAAUUGUGGGCGACCUGAUGCGACCGGCAAUGGAGCUCUAAUGCGUCUUGCACCAAUACCGCUCUACUUCUUUAGAAACCCUCGAAUAGCAGUCGAACUCUGCGGACGAAGUUCUCCUCUAACUCAUGGAAGUCGAUUAUCCGUGGAUGCAUGCCGUUAUUAUGGAGCUUUAAUUGUAGCAGCACUCUACGGCGAAACAAAGCAACAAUUGCUGAGUAACAAUUUUUAUGAAGCUCAUCGAGCAUGGUUUGGUCGAAAAGGUCUUUGCAAACGAGUGCUUCACAUAGCAUCGGGGUCAUAUAAAAGACCUGGAGGUUACAGUAUGGGUAUUCGAGGUACUGGCUACGUUCUCAAUUCGCUCGAAGCAGCUCUAUGGGCAUUCUGGAGCGAUCAGAACUCGUUUCGGAACGGUAUGCUUGCCGCGGUAAAUCUCGGAAAUGACGCAGACACGACAGCUGCCAUCUAUGGUCAACUAGCAGGUGCUUACUACGGUCAAAGCGAUAUUCCAUCCAAGUGGUUGAAAAUACUCUACGCUGAGCAGCUCAUUGUUUGUAUGAGCGAUUGGAUACACUUUCUCGGCUUAAAAAGUGAUGUAUCGCCGAUGAGUCAUAGGAAUAUGCGCUAUCAUGUACCAGUGCAAAUGCAAAAGGAUCAAUUACUUCAUUCUUUUAGUUUGUAUCGUGGAAUGUUCAGACAAACAGUUCCUCGUCCAAUAAACUCAAUAUUCGACCAUAAUGUUAAUGCACGCCAUCGUCGAUUAUCACAUCGAAGCAACUCCUUUCGUGGAAAUAGUAAACAUCCUCACAUAAUAGAAGCCCCUGGAGGCUUUUAA